AUGGGGUAUUUGGUAAACCUUAGAAUAUUGAUCUUGGAUACAAAUGAAUUGCACAGUCUACCAACUGAAAUAGGUUCAUUAACACAACUAGAAAAGUUGUCAGCAUCAAAUAAUCAGUUGAAAAGUCUACCUUCAACUGUAGUACGAUUAAAACGAAUGAAAAGUCUUCACCUGGCAAAUAAUUUAUUUGCUGAAUUCCCUAGACCGAUUUUGAAAUUACCAAGAUUGGAAUUUCUAGAUUUAAGCAGUAAUCAUAUAGAAUCCCUGCCAUCUUCAAUAACAGAUUUGACAAGUCUGGAGAGUUUAUUGCUUUUUGACAAUCGAUUAACAAGUCUACCUGAAGACAUAGGUCAGUUGAGAAAUAUUCGGUGUUUAUGGUUAGGCGAUAAUCGAUUGGAAAGUUUACCCCAGUCAAUUGUUGAACUACGUGGAUUAAUAUGGUCACCGCUUUUAUCACCAAGUACAACAGUUGGAGGGAAUCCUUUGAAAGAUCCUCCAAUAAAAGUGUGCAACGCAGGCCUUGAAGAACUUGACAGACAUUUCGGUGUCGAAAUAAUCAAAUGA